UGGGAAGAAACAUAACAGAGCUAAUUGGUUUUGUUUGCUUAAGAGAGAGAAGUUUCCGGUUUGUAGAGAGCUGUUUGGAAUGCCCAGUGUAGGAGGGGCUCCACAGUUAUAUAAUCUUAAGGCAGAAUUGCUGAGAGCGUAGAGUUACAUUGUGCACAAGCUAUCAGGGAAUCAGGCACGUGGGAAAAUGUCUGGAAAACCCAAGCUGCACUACUUCAAUGGACGUGGCCGCAUGGAACCAAUUCGGUGGCUCCUGGCAACAGCUGGGGUUGAGUUUGAAGAAUCUUACCUGGACAAAAAGGAGGAUCUGACAAAGUUACAGAAGGAUGGAUCCCUGCUCUUUCAGCAAGUGCCGAUGGUAGAGAUCGACGGGAUGAAGCUGGUGCAGACCAGAGCCAUUCUCAACUACAUAGCAACGAAGUACAACCUCUAUGGGAAGGACAUGAAGGAGAGAGCCCUAAUCGAUAUGUACGUGGAAGGAAUGUUCGAUCUGAAUGAGUUACUCAUCAUGUAUGUUGUCCAACCAGCAGACAAAAAGGAGGAAUAUUUUGCAAAUAUGAUGGACAAGGCUGAAAACAGAUACUUCCCAGUCUUUGAGAAGGUUUUGAAAGACCACGGAAAAGACUUUCUGGUUGGCAACCAGCUGAGCAGAGCGGAUGUUCAAUUACUUGAAAUCAUUUUGAUGGUAGAGGAAUGCAAACCUGAUAUACUUGCCAAAUUUCCUCGCUUGCAGAGUUUCAAAGCAAGACUAAGCAAUAUCCCCACAAUAAAGAAAUUCCUGCAGCCUGGCAGCCAGAGGAAACCACCAACAACAGAGGAGGAUAUCGCCAGAGCAAUCAAAAUAUUCCGCUCUUGAGCAGCAUUCUAAGCCCAUCGAAGCUGUAUUUCUUUGUAUUUGUUGUUAGUGGCAAAGUGAAAUUAAUGGAAUUAGUGAAAAAAUAAAAGGGUUUUGAUUUCUCUUUCCUUAGCUACAGGAGUGAUUUUAGCCUACUGCAGACACUUCAAUGUAAAGCUACCUGAGUGUACCCGCAAAGGAAAUAGUUCACUAAAUAGGGGGUAUAUUGGACAACACAGAAUACCUUAAAUAACUAAAGAAAAUACCUGAAAUAAAUUCUUACUAUUGAUACUCAAAA